AUGGGCAUGGGUUCGACAACCAUAGAUCUAUCGGUUGACUAUGAUACACAAUGUGGUGAAUCGCUAUAUAAAUUGUGGAAAAUUACCAACAACCAAAUACGCUGUCCGAAGAUUUCAUCGACUGAGCGGUUGAGUAAUCGGUCGUGGAGAAUGUUAAACCAAAAAGUGUUGUUGAAUAAUGAAGCCAAUAGCGAUGUGAUGAAGGACUUGUAUGUUGACUCUUUGUCAGACUUGAAACCGAAACUGUCGCAAUUCUUGUCGAGCAGGCCGUCAUUAUUUCUGAAUACGUCUAAAAGUACAUUGUUCUCCCACAGCUCGAAGAAUAGCUCUGUGGGCGAAAAGAAUGAAAUUGAGGAGAUAGAGAAUGGAUCUGAAGAUGUAUCGGACAUUUCGGAUAUAUCUGACAUAUUGGAAGAGGAUGACUAUGCGUCGAGCGAUAGCGACGAACAGGAUAAAAAAGUCAACGAAUCCAACAUACAGAAGAUAAAUACAUAUGAUCAACCAGAACCUAAUUUUGCAUUUGGUUACUUUCCGCCCCAGUUAGAUAUACAAAAUAAGGAAGCAGAAAUCAAGCCGCCUUUAAAUAGAUCCAAGACUUCAUUUGUGCGAGGCUUUUCCCCAAAUCAUAUUUCUGUUGCGUCGCUGUGCUCUAAAAGCAAGGAAUCUUUAUCAUUACUGGCAAAGAAGGAUAUCAAUGCAGACGGUGUCGAUGAAAAUAUGUGUCGAACUAAUAGAAAUAUCUUCUACAUUGCCAACUCACCAUCCCCUCCGGAGAAUAAUGAUACCAAUCGUAACAGUAUUAAUAGUAAUCGCAAUGGAAGCCAUAAGCCAGUUAACGAAUCAAGCCCUCUACUCUCAAAAACGGGAGGAUCGUUUGACAACGUAUCGCCUUCUAAAAUCAAGAGGCAGGAUUCGUUGUUUAACAACCUACAGGAACAGAAUAAUCAGGUCAAUUCGAACGAUGACGAUUAUUUGUCAACUGAUAUUUCUGAGGAAGACGAUGAUGAUAGUCUGGAUGAAGAUCAACUGGAUGUAGAAAAUGAUGCAAAGAAUACAAUUUGCGAAAGUACAUCCAAUAAUAACCCUUUCUCGGAUGAUUUUGAUGACCAGCCUGGAAAUAUGAAUGAAUCACCGGAUACUGCUGCUAAGAAGAAGUCACAAACUCAUGAUUCGGAUAUGAUCAUCAAAGAUCAUGGAAAGAGUAAUGAUAAUGAUAGUGAAUGGCUUUCUAUUUCAUCCGAAGACGAGAAAAAUUAUGAGCCUAUCCCACACGAGAAACUCGUUUUUGACAAGAGGCUAAAUCCAAUGUCGAAUAAUUCUUCCAUGUCUACAGAUAUAAUUCCUAUACAAGAUAAUGAGAAACGAGGUUCGUCUCCACCAAUCAGUAAACCAAGAUCGUUAUUGUCCAGUUUAUUCUUAAAUGAAAUGGCAUCAUCGUCAUCAACAUCUCUGUUUAGUACAACAAACGCGAAGCCUUUAUUAAAAAGGUCAUCUACGACGGGAAUCAUAACAAUAGAUCAGACAAAUCAUGGCUCUAAUAAGGGUAACUCGAAUAAGAAAUCGAAUAAAAUCAACCGACCAUCUAUUUUAUUUUCAAGAAAACAUACAUCAUUGACAGAUAUUUCUAAAAACUAUCCUCAUUACCAGAAUGAUUUGGUUCAAAAACAUAUCUUGAAUGAUUACACGAACGAUCAAGAUAACGAAGAUAACGAAGAUGAUUUCUCAGGAAAGCAGAAAUCAAUUGUUGGAGUUUCUGAUUUUAAUGUCACGACUAAAGCUACCGAUAUUAGUAAUACUAAUAGUAUCAAUAACGAUAAUUCCAAUACUAAGGUUAAUGAUAACGAACAUAAUGACAAUAUAACAUUAGCGUCUAGCUUGAACAAAUACUCAGAUUCUCUCUCAAACAAUUCGAUUAAGAGUCUCCUAUCUAGAAGCUCACUAAAUCUAAGUCAACUUUUUAACUCCAAGAACAAACUGAAAAAGGACCUUAAUGUGAGUACAGAAAAACAAGAGUCACUUAAACCUACAUCACGUAAUCCGGGCUCGUCACAAGGUCUGGAUUGCUCCAAGUCAUUAUCACCAUCGCUCUUGCCUAUGUCCCCUAAUUCAAGAACGGCUUCGACACAAAAACAGAAGCUAGAUCCAUACUUUAAAGAUCGUGCUGGGGUUAAUUCUAAUUCUAAUUUUAAUUCUACAACAAGUGCCGUUACCAACCCGGACCCUAAUCUUAAGGUCGACCCUCAUCCAAUUGCGAAAUCCGAAUCAAACCUAACCACAAAUUCAGAGGACAACAUAAAUGUCAAUAAUCCAAGGUCAAUAAAGUUGUCCCCAAAAUCAACCAGAAGAUCUAUGCUUUCAACGGAAUUAAGUAAGUCUCUAAAGGAGUCCAUCUUAAUUGAUUAUAAAUUGGGUAAAAUCCCAUUGCCAUUGAAAGUCAUCAACGAUGGGGAUUUUGUAAAUAAAAAUUCAGAUACAAGUGAAUGCUUAGAUGAUUAUCACUUAAGAGGUUGGUAA